GGCUUACUUACUUACUUGCUUACUUACUCCGUGCCCCGUGGCUCCGGUAGUCGCUAGUAAAUUAUUUAGUGCGGUGCGGUCUCCACUCUCAAGUCACUAAAUAUACGUCUUGUUUAUGGUGCGACUACUACUCGAUCCUCCGAGAAUGAACAAAAACGUCGCAUCGGCGGUUCAUAAGAACGCCAACGGCGCCAACAAUUGGAUAAAGUUCACAAACGCUCCACCGCCUCCCGCCAGUAAUUUGAACAACAAUGCCGUCGUACAGAGGCAGGAAAAAAAAGAUAUUGAAGUUGUAGCGAUUGACUGCGAAAUGGUCGGCAUACAUCCUGAUGGACAGGGAAAUAUGUUGGCUCGUGUUUCAAUUGUUAACUCUAAAGGCGAAACCAUUUACGAUAAGUUUGUCAAGCCCACAGCGACAGUGACAGAUUAUCGUACGCCAGUGAGCGGCAUUCGACCUAAAGAUAUUGAACACGGGGAGGUAUUUGUCAAAGUUAAAAAAGAAGUCACCCAAAUACUCAAAAACAAAUUAUUAGUAGGUCAUGCACUAGAACAUGACUUGAGGGUAUUGAGGAUUUCACACCCCAAACAUAUGAUUAGAGACACCUCAACGUACUGGCAAUUCAAGCAAUUGACAGAAGGUCGAACGCCAGGUCUAAAACGAUUGACAUUACAUUUUCUUGGAGCUAGCAUACAGGAAGGAGAACAUAGUUCUGUUCAAGACGCUAAGGCAGCACUACAGUUAUACAUGCUGGCUCGGAAAGAUUGGGAAUUAUUGUUAAAAAAGAGAAGAAGCCGCCCCAGAAAUGGGAAUAAAUCACAUAACGGAUCGCAGGGAAAGCAUAAAUAGAAGUUUUUUUUUGUACAAUAAAAUUUUUAAAUUUGAAGUUUUAUUUUGAAUAAUUAUAAGACUGUUUUUGAGAUUAUUUUACUUGUAAAAAUAUUUAAAAUGUCGUUUGAUACAUUUUGUUGGUUAAGUAUAUAAUAUUUUGAACU